AUGGCGCUCAAUUCGCUAUGGGCACGAAUAAGAGGUAGCGCAGCCGGAGGCACUCCAAGCUUCUCCCGGACGACGGCGCUGAACCUCAUCGGCUUUGCGACGUGGAUACCGGUGAUUGCGUGGUUCAACCUGCACGUGGCCGAGCUGACGGUUGUGGACGGGUCAUCAAUGUAUCCGUUUAUGAAUGCGGAUAGGGAUUCGUCGCUGCGGAGGGACGUCGUGUUGAACUACAAGUGGUCGCCGCAGGAGGAUUUGCAGAGAGGGAUGAUAGUGACUUUGAGGAGCCCUUUUCAUCCCGAGGUGAUUGCAGUCAAGAGGGUUGUCGCCCUAGAAGGCGAUGUCAUCAAGACAAAGAAGCCGUAUCCCGUUCCAACGGUCAGGAUACCGCAGGGACACGUCUGGGUGGAGGGAGAUGGUCCGCCGGGCUCGAGUCUGGACAGCAACACGUAUGGACCGAUUUCAAAGAGGUUGCUGACAGGGAGAGUGACGCAUAUCGUGUAUCCGUUGAAGAAGUUUGGGCCCGUCCAGUGGUGGGAGCAUGACAGGCCUUUGGUGGAGUGA